AUGAGAUUGGUAUUCACUUCCUGGGAGUCUGAAUCUGAAGAAAUUUAUAAAAAAGGAUGGAAAAUACUUGCAGAUCCAACAGUUUUAACUUCAAGGGACGUCGUGAUUUAUCACGGUGACAUUCUUGCUUUAGAGGAUGGCACUGUAUACAUGUAUACGUUAUCUGGUACCAAGGAGCCGUAUCUAACCGAAACUUCGUUUUCUUCAUCUCGUUUCAUUUCAUUCCAUGCUGCCUAUGAAAAAUUAUUUUUGGUAAGUGAGGAAGGUCGUCUUUUCGGUUGUGGGCAUACUACUUACGGUGAAUGUGGCGUGAUUUCUCCAAAUCCCAUUGAAUCGUUGCGGGAAAUUGAAUUGGUUACACCACCAACUGUUUGCCCUCAUGGAUCUUCGGUUACUACUGCAGAGUCACUGAAGGUGAUGCUUGUUCGAACGUCCAUGUCAGAGGUUUGCCUCAUUGAUUUUCAUGGUCAAAUGUGGAAAUACGGUGGUGGACGAUUAGAAUUUGAUUCACUUGGACGCAUUCAAGUGCGACCUCUACAAAUUGCGUCAAGACGGAAAGUUUUGCAGUUGUGUGCCGGAAGGGAACAUUUUGUCUGUCUAGCAGUCCCUUUGACUGAUGAAAAUAAUGAUACAGAUGCUAGAAAUCCACCAACUCUGGGGAUUCAGAGGUCGAACAAAUGUGAAAAAUGUCGAGAUGAAUGUGAGCUACGGCUGAGUGCAUUAAUGCAUAUAGCUGAUCAAGAUCAGGAUCAGAAAAAUGAAUCACGAGUUUCAUUUGCAAGCUGUGAGGAGUUGGCUGUGAAAAGAAGUUUCCACAGUCCAUGUUUGUUUCUGGAUACUGAUAAUAGUUCAAGAGAACACCAAAUACUUCCAUUCUGUGGUUCAUCAAAUGCAACUAAGACCUCACUUGUAAAGUCGGGCAAAGAAACUUCUUUGAUGAAGUAUGAUGAAUUUGAAAUGGCAGAAAUGAAAAAUAUUAAUGUUCGGGGUGGACUUAAAAAAAAUUCGACAUCUGCUUCAGCAGAAAAUCUACUUGAUAUAGAAGACUCAUCAUCAACUAAUGGGAGUCCUUCACAAUCAGAUGGAAAAGUUUCACUUACCGGUUUGCAUAAUUCGGACUUAUUACCAGAAAUUUGGACAUGGGGUGCUAAUGGAAAUGGCCAGUUGGGACAUGGGGAUUUGACAGCGAGAAUGUAUUGUAUCAAAGUGGCAGCAGGGGACGAUCAUACUAUAGCACUUACGGGAACUGGCAAGUUGUAUGUGUGGGGAUCAAACAAUGCUGGACAACUAAAACAAGCAAAAUUGUCGUAUAUAACCAAACCAACGCUUUUUAAAGUUGGAAGCCAUUCUUUUGUUUUGGAUGCAUUCGCAAGCGGUUGUCAGACAGGUGUUAUUAUUGGUGGUAUGGCAAAUUCUGCUAUGCUUUAUCUCUGCGGAAAUAAUACUGCGGAGCAAUCACCACAGUCACUUUCACUACCAAAAGAGAUUGGCUGGCCGAGUUGGAUUUUGAUUGCAAAUCAGAACCUUGUAGUUGGAGCACAUGAAUCAAUAGCUGACAUCGAUAGGCAUUUCCUACGUGUGUUCGUUUUCUUUCGAUAUGCGGAAUUUAACCAGCGGAUUUGUCAAAUGUGCCAAAAAAUCCAUGAAAGAAGUUAUGCUGUAAAUAAUCCAUAUUUGUAAAAACUAUUAAAUAAGCUUACUUUAUCAUCGGCAAGAUAUUCAACGCGAAUGUUCACUUUCAUGCAGAUUUUGUAGAGUGUCUUGCUUAUGGAUGUUUUACUGAGUUCGAUGUUAGGUAUGGCUUAGUAUUCAUGAUAAUAUAA